AUGGGUACGACAAACUAAAGCCCUACGGCUUUCCUGUUCACGGCUGCAUUGACGGAUAUAGUCGAAGAAUUAUCUGGCUCAAACUUACUAAAAGUAACAACAAUCCGCAUAUUAUUGCCUCAUUCUUCUUAGAAUCUAUUAAGGAAUUACAAGCUUGUCCGACACUCUUACGAACAGAUAGAGGCACGGAGAAUGGAAGUAUGGCGACAGUGCAGUGUUUCCUUCGGAGAAACCAUAACGAUUCAUUAUCCGGUUUGGGUGCUCAUCGUUACGGCUCAUCGCAUGCAAAUCAACGAAUAGAGGCCUGGUGGUCCUUUCUACGAAAGAACUGGAGUUCAUGGUGGAUUAACUUUUUUAAAGAUAUGGUAGAUACUGGGGAUUUGAACACAAGCAACAGCAUGCAUAUGGAAUGCCUUUGGUUUUCAUUCAAGAAAGUAAUCGAAAAUGAGUUGAGUCAAGUUCAAAGUAAUUGGAACAAUCACUAUAUUCGCAAAUCAAGGUACCAAACCAUGACUGGGAUUCCAAACAAACUGUACUUUUUGCCAGAGGAAGUUGGAUCAGAAGAUUACCAGAAACCAUUUAAUCCUGCUGAUCUGAGAGAAGCCGAAUAUGAAGUUCACUCCACCGAUACAGAUAAUUCUGAUGAUGAAGAAAAUGAAACCAGUGACUACCAACAAUAUUUUAACUAUGCACUUCAAACACUUGGAAUUGAUCACCCAACCAGUUGGAGAGAAAGCUUGUAUGUUUAUCAAACAUUGUUAUCUUCUGCCACUUAG